AUGACCACAAUCGACACAAUCGAACCGCCACCCCAGGACUACCCCCCCGAAAUCACCGGCUAUGCAGACCCUUGGAUCGCCACUCCCGGAGAGGAGGUCGCCAUCAAAAUAUCGUGCACCGAGCCCGAAUACUCCCACCGCACCGUGCGCGUCAUCCAAGGUGUCGAGACCGAACACUCGCCUCUCAAAAAGCUGGAGCCCAUCACGCAGAUCCCUACAGGCACGGCAAAGGGACGGUUCCAACGCGCGAGACCGGGUUCGUACGCCGUGGUUGACCCAGGGUUGAGUGGCCCAGCCAGCGAGUCUGGCCUCCACGUCUCGCUCUUCUUCCAGCCGCAUCUCCCUGCCGCGGCACACCACCAGGCCAUUGUCUCGACGUUGAAUCGGGGUGCGAACCGCGGCUUCGCGGUGGUGAUCAACGAGGGGGGCGUCGUGGAGGCGUGGAUCGGCACCGGUGAUGCCGUCGAGGUGGUAGACACGGGGUUCCGGCCCGCGCGGCAACGCUGGGUCGAGAUGACGCUCACGCUCGACGGGAUGGACUGCUCCCUCGUGCUUCGGCCCGUCGCGUAUAUCCUGGAAAAGGCGGGCCCGGUGUCGAUUUCACGGGCCAGGCUUGCGGGGCCUGCCGUCUGGGUCUCGCCGGAUCCUCUGCUUUUCGCGGCAACGUAUGAUGGCGGUCCCAGUUCUGGUGGCCGCAGUCGACGAGCUGCGUGUUUCUUCAACGGUCGCAUCGAUAGUCCGACCAUCUCUCAAGUGGCGGGUCCCGCCAAGACCGGCAGACUCCUGGCCAAGUAUGAUUUCUCCUGCAAUAUCGCCGAGGACACAAUCCUAGAUGUCUCGGGGAACAACCUGCACGGCGUGCUCGUCAAUGCCCCGACCAGGGCCGUCACAGGCCAUGACUGGGACGGCAGCGAGGUCGACUGGACGAAAGCCAAGUACGGGUAUGGGGCCAUCCAUUUCCAUGAGGACGACCUGGACGACGCGCGAUGGGACACGGACUUCACCAUCAAGAUCCCCGAGACCGCUCGAUCCGGCAUCUAUGCUGUCGAAGUGACUUCGACGAACGGGGAGACGUCCGAUAUGAUCACCUUCAUCGUCCGGCCCACGCCGACCACUACCGCGGCCGUCGGUGCAAAGGUGGCUUUCGUCCUUUCCACAUUCACGUACCUGGCCUAUGCCAACGAGAAGCUCUCGGACACCAACCGCUCGAGCGCGAUUGAGGUCGCGCCAGGCUUUGACGUCUCUUCCAUCCGACGCGACGAGGACUACGACCGCCUGAUGCGCCGCACAGACCUCGGUCUCUCGAACUACGACGUCCACAACGACAACUCGGGCGUCGUCUUCUCCUCGGCCAAGAGACCCAUCUUGAACUUCCGCCCGGGGUACGUCAUGUGGGCGUUCGAACGGCCGCGAGAAUUGAGCGCCGACUCGAUGAUGAUCGGCCUCCUGGAACGGCAGGGGAUCCCCUACGACGUCGUGACCGACCACGACCUCCACUUCCACGGCGCGGCAGCUUUGGCGCCGUACAACACCGUCCUCACGGGUUGCCACCCGGAAUACCCAACUUUGCAGUCCUACAACGCGUACGAGACCUUCGCCCGCCAGGGUGGCAGUAUCUUGUACCUCGGCGGCAACGGCUUCUACUGGGUCUCCUCGGUCGAUCCGGCCCGGCCGUGGCGUCUCGAGGUCCGCCGCGGAGAUCAAGGCGUCCGCUCGUAUGCCCUCCCUGGUGGCGAACGGGUGAUGAGUCUCACAGGCCAACAAGGCGGCCUCUGGCGCUCGCGGGGUCGUUCCUCACACGGCCUCUUCGGAGUGGCCUUUUGCGGCGAAGGAACCGGCCCAGGCGUGCCGUUCAAGCGCAAUGAAGAGAGCUACGACUCCACGUUUGAGUGGAUGUUCAAGGACAUUCCUCCCAAUCAGCAGCUCAUUGGCGAGUAUGGUCUCGGAGGUGGCGCCAGUGGCGACGAGAUCGACUCCUUCGACCUGCUCUGCGGAAGUCCCGCGACCGCGACAGUCAUCGCCACGAGCACAGGCCAUUCCGACCAAUUCGGGAUCGCGCCCGAGUGUACUGUCUUCCCUAUCACGGGGACGUUGGGGACCCAGACCAAGGAGAUCAGGAGUGAUCUCGUCUACUACGAGACGGACGCCGGAGGGGCCGUGUUGUCCGUAGGGAGUAUCAAUUGGUAUUGCUCGCUGGGGUGGGAUGACUAUGCGAACAAUGUGGCCAAGCUGACGGAGAAUGUGAUUAGAGAGUUUAUGCGCAGAGGACGCGGAGGGCUCAACCGAGAUAAUAGCCCGACGAAUGUAGCCGUGUCCAAGCUUUGA